GAACAACCAAUCGCUUGAAGUUUCAAUUUUGAAUUUGUUCUCAGUGGGUGGAGAUUUUGUCUAGCCGCCAUAUUGUGCUGGGCUGUGAGUGCUGGAAGUGAAUUUUUGUUAAAUUUGGUAGUGUUUAUACUUUGCCUUAAUUAUUCGGAUUGAAAAGUCUAAAGUUGAGCAUCGAAAAUGGGUGCAAAGCAGAGCAAGCGCUCCGUGGACAUAAGCGGAAAGGAAGCGGAGAGCGCUGGCGAGGUAGCAGCGGCCGGAGCUGGCGGUGAAGGUCGCAUGGAACAAUUAGCAGAUGCUGAUGCACUGAAGCCACAGGCCAAUGGCGAUGCUCAUAUACACGAUACACUUGAAAAAGAAAAGCAAAUCGACAGUGGCACCCCAGAGAACGAAAAAGAUGCAACGACGGAGAAGGAAGUAAAAGAUCAAGAAGAGAACGAAAAAGAUAAAGAGACGUCCGUGGCGAACGGGGAGAGUGAGACAAAGGAAAACGGAGAGAGUACACCGUCGCCGGACGAUGGCAAAAAGAUCAAAAAAGAAAAGGUUAAGAAGAAAUGGUCGUUAAGGUCGAUCAGUUUCAGCAGAAAGGAUAAGCCGAAGCAGGAAAAGAAACAAAAGGAUGAGGAGGUGAAAACCAAUGGUGAGCCAGAGAAAGUUCCCGAGGAGGCUGCUGAGACUACUCCUGAAAACGCAGAAAUAGAAGUUGCUGCUGAAACUAAACCUGAAACAGAAAACAAAGAUGAUAAUACACCUGAAACGCCAGUGACAGAGCCACUGACAAAUGGAAGCAGCACGCCAGAAGCUUCUAAAGUAGAAACUCCUAUUGCUGAGGAGCCCAAAAAUGAGGACGCCGGUGACAUCAGGCCGGAACCGAAAGCGGAGGUCGUCGAACCUGAGAAAUUGCCUGUCAAUGGUCUUUCUCUGGAAGAACCAAAAAAAGUUGAACCCGAAAUUCCAGUUAUUGAUUCGAACAAGGCCGAGGAGUCUAAAGUAGAAAACAAGGAAUCGGUGCCUACACCCGAAAGUCCCGUUAAGAAAGAGGUUUGUGUCGAUCAAACGCCAUUGAUAGAGCCUACGCCACCUCCCCUUCCCGCUAAUCCUCCUCCAUCGUCCGUGGCUUCCUUUGCCGCCACCACCAUGGCUCCUGAACUUACUGAUGCUUCUCUCGCUAACAACGCUGAUAGUACAGAAUCUGCACCUGCUGAUGCCACACCCGUUAAUGUUGAAAACACAAAUGCGGACUCUACGCCUACCGACACAAAAAUUUGCGAAGAACCCGAAACUAUUGAAUCUCCUGCACCUCUUACCGAUGUAACGCAAAAGGAAGACGCAAUCAUCUCCGAACAAUGUUUCACCAAUGAAGUUACACUGGAUACCUUACCAAGCCAGGACGAUCGCGACGUUUCUGUAGAAGAAAAUGUCUCUGAUGUUGAGACUAAAUCUUCCCUCGUAGAAAAUGAAAACGUUAUACCAACCGAAGCCGAAACUGAAAAACCCGAAGAAGACGCUCCUUUAAAAUCCGCAGAGACGGAGGAGAUUGCCGACGAACAAACUACUGCGACGUCCGAAGAUUUCACAAAAGAAAUUAGCAAUAGUGAAAUCUCAAAAAUGGAGCAGGACAGCGGUAUUUGCGAAUCGAAAGAGACAGACGUCGACACAAGUAUUAUUUCUCAGAAUGGCCUAAAUGGCUCGGUCGAAGCGAUCGAAACAGAUUGUUUAAAAGCGAAGGCCAAAGAGAUGAUCAAAAAUGCGGAAGUAAUGUUAAACGGCGACGCAUUGACGAACGGCGAGCGGUCUCUGCAUGAGCCCGAUGAUGAGCUGCUUUCGGGGCCCGAUGAGGAGUCGCAGUCGUUCCCGCCGCCAGAUGACCUUAGCCCCGAGCCGGAGAUACCCGCCACGCCCCCACAGGAGCCCCUACCAGUUGCCGAUAAAAUGGCCGAACUAAUUCCUGAAAUUCCAAUUAUACCAGAACUAAACACGGAAACCGAGACGACAACCGACGUUGCGGUGGCGAACUAAGCUCAGAGUCACACCAAGCUCCAGGAGACGUCUUAAAGAGCCUUUUAUUUAUUUCCUUUUAGUACUGUGUAUAUCGAACUAAGUUCGAGUAUGAAUUUUAUUAUCAAUAUGGAUUUCAGUUUGGAAUGUGACCUACAUAUUAUAGAAUGUUUAUACUCUUAAGUUUAGCGUGCUUGCUUAUAUAAAAUUAAGAUUUUAUACAUUUUAAAAUCGCUAAGAUCGAUCUUUUUUAAUUAUAUACAAUAACAAAGUUAUGUAGGCAGUAUACGGUGCGAUAAGUUGGUGCCAUUAUUACAGGGGUAUUAGUUGACGUUUGGCGUUGGACUCUCUCCUAAAUAGAUUGUGUUAGCGAUUUAGUAUCUACGUAGCUGAUGUUAAAUUCGUUAGAAGACAAUCGGAUAAUUUGCAUUUCGGACCAAAUUAGGUUUUAAAUAAUUUGUUUGCGAUAGUAUACAAUAACACUUUAAAAACCAUGAAUUAUUGAACAUGUUGCUUCAUUGUGUAUAUAUUUGAAUCACUACCCAAAAAUAUUCUUUUUGUUGCAUAAAAAUACAACAUUAUACAUUGUUAUGUUGUAUUAAAUAUAAUUUUUUUUUUUGAAUAAUAUUUUGUAUUCUAUGCACUCAUGUUAAAUUUAUUCCUAUUAUUUUAUAAUCAAAUAAGUUAUAUAUUAGUUUGGAUGAGCUCUCUGUAAUACAAGCAUUUAUGAAUUCAAUUGAUGUAUUGGUAAGUCGCUCCUAUGGCAAGUGAGAUAUGGUUAAUUGGUUAGGCAAUUUGCGAGUAAAUUCAUGUAUAAAAAUUCGAUUUUAAGAUUGUGGCAAUUAAAAUUUUGAGGUAGUUUUCAGCGGCCAAGUUUUUUGAUUGAACUAUACAUUUUUUAUGCAUAUACAGACUACAAUUAAUUAUAUUAUAAUAUUUAGAUGUGUAGUUCAUAUAACAAGUUAGAAAAUGCAGUGCAGUAGUGCUGCUUAGAAUAUUCCACCUCAUACAUACAUUUAGAUUUAAUAUAUUAUAAUGUAAGGUUUGAUAUUGAUAUACAAUAAUUAAUAGUUAUGGUGUCAUUUUUUCUAAAACUGUGUCCAUAUAAUUAUUUCCUGAUAAUUUUUGUAAUUUUAUACGUUUCUACUAUUAAAUUAAAAGUGACAUGUGCACGAGUGAGGUCAGGUAUUAUCUCGAAACUAUUAGCCGUAAAUAUAUGAGUGAGACAUUCCAUAUCACAAUAUGUAGGAUGAUUCGUGAGUCUGUCGUGAUAUAAUUUUUGCUCAUGAGUAUAAAAAUUUAUGUUGGCAAUUUUUAUACCCGACACUCUUUAUCAGACAUGCACACUAAAUGAAAAAGACAGCUAGCUUUUAUUGUAAUUUUAGAACAGUCUGUGAUUGUACAAACUGUGAUUAUAUUUUUGGAAACAACUUUGAAGAUAAUUAUGAAAUGGCACACUUUUCUGUCGACAUAACGACAUAGUAACGCUCAAUAAACAUCGCCACAUCAUUAUUUGUAUAAUUAUAAGUGGCAGCUGAUAUUAUAACUCUAAAUGUACUGUGUAAUUUAUAUUUUUUUUACUUUUGUGUGACAAUAAUUACAUCACAAAUUUUGAUUUAAAUCAAUAUUGUCAAUUAAUUCAUUUAAUUUAGAAUAUUUUGGAACAGUAUGUAAAUUGCUACAUUUAAGCUGUUUGUCAUGUAUUGAUAAAAUUUGAUGUUGAUGUGUGAAUGUCUCGAAUAAAUUUAUAGAAUUGUAA